CCUACUGACCUCACUUCGAAGCUCCCACCUUGGGUGUCGAAAGGUCUUCUUCCGUCAAUGGCGCAGGGCCCUUAACAUCGACCGACCAUCCUUUAUCCCGCCAUUUCAACAUCGCCGGGCGAUCAAUUGGACAGCUUGGCACCCACAACCGAACGAAACCAAAACGCGACCGGACAAUCAGACGCAAUGCCGCAGGAUAUGCCCCCCGUCGGGGGCUACGGGCCAGUGCAGUACAAGCGCAACCUGGCCGCCCCUGGUUUCCGACCGGCCACCCUCCUCCUCGGCAUGGGGGCCGUCUGCAUAUACGGCUUUUACAAGCUGGGAACGGGUAUCAAGGAGCAGAAUGAACUCGCCCGCGAGAAGAUGUGGUCCCGCAUCCACUUGAUUCCCCUCCUGCAGGCAGAGGAGGACCGUGACCUGGUGAGACGGCACUUGGCGGAUCAGGCGCGCGAGAAGGAGCUGUUGGGCGAGAACUUCAAGGUGUAUAAUUCGGAUCGAUACGUGAGACCGACGUAUGCUGCCAUACCCAACAACACCACGAAGUGAGAGAAAGCUGGAUUUGAAGUGUUGCGGUGAAGAAAAGUGGACAAGACCCGUUGCCAAUACUGGAAGGGAACAGGAGAAAUUGUACAUAUGUUAAAGAGCUAAAGCAUAACUACUUCGCAAGAUUCAUCUUGCUUUCAUCCAUUCUUACGACGGAGAUUUUCCAUAUACUGAUAGGAAAUCCGUGGUCUCUUCGUUCGGCUUGUUAUUCGAAAUAUCAAAUUCGUCCCCUUCC